GGAGGAAAGGGGUUUGACCUCCCCAUGUCUCGGGUCCCGGAGGCUUUCCCAUAGGGGAGAGACAAGCGGGGCUAGGGCAGGAUGGGUCACCUCAGGCCCGGGAACUUCCUAUUGCUGCUGCUGCUGCCCCCAGCCCAAGCCCCGUGGCAGGACCUGCCGAGCCAACAAGGCCCAUCAGAGUGCUACCAGGUGAACGGGGCAGAUUACCGGGGCAGCCAGAACCGCACGGGGCCCCGGGGGGCUGGUCGCCCCUGCCUGUUCUGGGACCAAACCCAGCAGCACAGCUACAGCAGCAGCAAAGACCCCCAGGGCCGCUGGGGACUAGGAAGCCACAACUACUGCAGGAACCCCGAUGGGGAUGUGCAGCCCUGGUGCUACGUGGCAGAGACGGAAGAAGGGAUCUAUUGGAGAUACUGCGACAUCCCCACCUGCCACAUGCCUGGCUACCUAGGCUGCUUCGUUGAUUCGGGGGCUCCCCCAGCCCUGAGCGGACCGAGCGGCACCUCCACCAAGCUCACGGUCCAGGUCUGCCUGCGCUUCUGCCGCAUGAAAGGGUUUCAGCUGGCUGGGGUGGAGGCCGGCUACGCCUGCUUCUGUGGCUCCGAAGGGGACCUGUCCCGGGGCCGCCCGGCUCCAGCCAUCGACUGUGACCAGAUCUGCUUCGGCCAUCGUGGCCAGCUGUGUGGGGGCGACGGGAGGCUAGGCAUCUAUGAGGUCUCAGUGGGUUCCUGUCAGGGGAACUGGACGGCCCCCCACGGAGUGAUCUACUCCCCGGACUUCCCGGACGAGUACGGCCCAGACCGCAACUGCAGCUGGGCGCUGGGCCCGCCGGGGUCCGCCCUGGAGCUCACCUUCCGCCUCUUUGACCUGGCCGACCCCCGAGACCGGCUGGAGCUCCGGGAGGCAGGUUCGGGUCGACUCCUGGGGGCUUUCGACGGGGCCCAGCCCCCGCCCCCUGGGCCGCUGCGCUUCCCGACCGCCACGCUCCUGCUGACCUUCCGCAGUGACCCCCGGGGCCACGCCCAGGGCUUUGCCCUCACGUACCGAGGGCUGAGGGAUCCUGUGGAAGACCUGGGGUCUCCCCAGGGCCUGGUCCAGACCCCACCUGUUCCCCCAGAAGGAGCCAAUGGGAGCCGCGCCCCUGGCCCCCAGGAUUCAUCCACCAGAAUGGGGGUUGGAGUCUUCUCCGCAGUGACUGUGGUGGCCGUCCUUCUGCUGCUCCUAUUCUCCUUCUACCAGCUACGGAAACGGAGCUGCCUGCUCGUCCCUGGGAAAGGACCGGUGGGAGGCCUGCUCGUGCUGGGGACCGCCCACGGGGUCCAGAGAGGCUGGACCGUGUGGUACCGUCGGCCCCAAGCGGUGGCUGGCCCUUGCCCCCCUGGCGACGGUCAGCCAGAUGGGCUUCCACCCAGCUACCGGCCGCUCAGUGCUUCGAGCCAGAGUUCGCUACGAUCGCUCAUCUCUGCCCUCUGACCCUCCCAGUUCCUGCCCUACGGGAGACUUUGUCCUGUUACCCCCGGGGGAGGCUCUUACCCCUAAAUAGAAUGUCUUCUACCCCAAGGACUGACCCUGCCCUUUCUGCUAAACAUACUUCUGAGGCCCAGAUUCCACCAUCCUACAAGGAUUCUGCCACUUUGAAAGUGUUUCUGCCCCUCUCCCUCCCCCCAGUCAAAAAAAAAAAAAAUAUAUAUAUAUACAUAUAUAUAUCAGGGACCAGGAGUGGAAACAGGUUUCUGGCAUGGCUGCCUCAGUCCUUCCCUCCCUCUUCUACAAGGUUAGGAGAUGGGUCAUUGGCAGCCCUGAGAACAGGGAGACUGACAUGGGCGGCUGGGUUGAAGGGCCAUAUGACAGUGGGUAUCGGAGGUCAACGGGAAGGGGUCAAAAAAGGUCCAUAUCUCAAGCUUGUGAGAUGUGGACAACAAAAAUGGGCAGCCUCCAGCCCAUGACCUGAUGGGCAAGAUGCAGAAGGACUGAGAUCUGAGGUCAAAGGAAGGCAAAUUCCAGUGGCCACUCUUAACAAGGUGGCGCGUAGUUGGAGAGGCCCGACGACGGGGAACGUGUGGAGAUUCGAGAUACUGCCACCCUGCACACAGCUCAACCACUUGGAAUGUUUUCUGCAGCCCCCGAUCAGGGAGAGGUCAACGGUCAUUAAGAAGCACUCAAGAAACCUGCACACAGACAAUGAAUAAAGGAAACUAUUUUUGUACUGGA